AGCUGCAGGCCCACUCAUGAACAUUUCCCAUCACCUUGUCACGGUGUGAACCUUCCUGCCAAGUAUCUAAUGCUGACCCUGCGGUUCGUCGCCGUAAUUACACCUUCGAUUAUGCUUAGUCAGUUUCAAUCACUCCGGCACAAUGGAAUUCAGUACGCAGUGUGACUCUACUCCAGAACUGCGGCCCUGUUAUAUCUAGACUAUCAAGCUGACGCGAAAGUCAUGGGUGCCGGUGAGUUUCGUCAAAGCAUUUCAGACAUGCCGCUACCGCGGAAUUGGCUAUAAAAUCGGAUCUGAUAAAACCUUGAAUUCAAAUCACUACAAUGAAGGCCUCUAUCGCUAUGCCUGACUCUCCAUCAAGCCUCUGGUCAACCGUCCGUUCGGUUGGCGCAUUCAAUGUCGCUUGCUCAUUUGCAGCACUGUGGGCUUUCGUCAAAGUAAUAAGGAUACUUCGCUGGCGAUUCAGGACCACUCAACUCCGUGGUCCACCUCGUACCAGCUUCAUAUAUGGUGUUUCGAACGACCUCGUCUCAUCUAAAGACAGUGCUACAAUGUAUGAACAUUGGGCUCAGGAAUAUGGGGUAGCAUACAUGAUUCCGUCAGUCCUCGGACAGACCAGGAUCGUGCUAAGUGACCCAAGAGCCAUCGCACAUUUUUAUGCUCGAGAGUCAUGGACCUAUGUACAGACGCCACUUUCUCUGACAUUGAUAGAGAACCUGGUUGGCAGGGGGGUACUAUGGUCUCAGGGGGAGAGUCACAGGAGGCAGCGGAAGGCCCUUACUCCGGCGUUUAGUAAUGCAGCCAUUCGAAAACUCACAUCAGUAUUUUAUGAUUCAGCAUAUAAAGUAAAGAGUGCGUGGGAUGCCGAUCUACAAUCGAGCAAAGAUGGGAAUGCUGUCAUUGAAGUUCAAAACUGGAUGAAUCAUGUUUCUUUGGAUACGAUUGGCAUUGCUGGUUUCUCCCAUGAUUUUGGCUCACUCGACGGAAAGCAUGCCAGCGUUACGGAAGUCUUUGAUACUUUCGGAAGCAAGCCAAAGGUCUCAGCAAUCAACAAAGUUCUUUUCCUGCUCGCGUCGGCGUUUCCUAUUGUUACCAAGAUUCCUAAUAGCCGGGUCAAACUGACAAAGAAACUCAACGCCACCAUGGGUGAAAUAUCCAAUGACUUGUUGGUUCGCAGUCGCCGGGAGAAACAGGCAGAAGAAGAAAAAUCCAUCAUCGGACUGCUGAUCAAAGCUGAAAAUCAGGAUGCCGAGCUCCGUAUGUCCGAGGACGAAGUAUUGGCUCAGAUGAAGGUCUUACUUCUCGCGGGUUACGAAACGACGUCGAUCAGUCUUACGUGGGCGUUGAUCGAGUUGUCGCGACACCCCGAUGUUCAAACCAGACUCAGAGAGGAACUGCUUACAUUUGGUGCUGAUCCGACAUAUGACCAAUUAAAGGCCAACCUUCCAUACUUGGAUGCGGUUGUCCAUGAGAUUCUACGACUCCAUCCUCCGGUAGUUGAGUUCAGUCGUGUUGCACGCGUAGAUGACGUGAUUCCCUUGAGUGAACCUGUGUGCACGGGGUCCGGGAAAAUGACGGACAGUAUAUCUAUAGCGAAGGGAUCCUUGUUCGUCAUCCCAAUCGAGGCAAUCAAUCGCUCUUUGGCCAUCUGGGGACCUCACGCAAAAGAAUUCAAGCCUGACCGUUGGCUGACCGAGGAUGGUAUCAGUGGGAAGGCCAAGGAAGUCCAAGGUCAUAGGCAUAUGCUGACCUUCGUCGACGGCCCGAGGACAUGUCUUGGAAAAGAUUUUGCGCUUGCAGAAUUCAAGGCUGUUUUAUCGGUUCUGGUGAAGAACUUUGUGUAUGAAAUGCGGGAUGGACCAGAUACUCAGGUCGAGAUUGCGAGGGGAAUUUUGCCUCGUCCACGGGUUGUUGGAGAGGACAGCAUUGGAGUGCCUUUGAGAGUUCGUCGGUAUGAAUAAUUGGCUGGACUGCACUGGCGGGUCCAGAUAUUUUGCGGCCUGAAAUCUUUAUUCAAGAAGGACAUUAUUCAUGAUGUGGACUUCGUAUAGUUGUGUAUCAUGCUCAGGCGGUUAGAGUGCAAGAUGAGGUUUGGUUUACUGCCAUACACUGACAGUUGUAGAAUUUUGUAAGGUAACGGUUUAUGUAAAUUAGUGAUCUAGCUAUUCUGCAGAACUCACACUAUAGUCCUAACACAAUAGGAUCUUGGCAGGUA